AUGGAUGUGGCAUCAUGGUCGCUGGCGGGCAAGGCUGGCCGUUGCGUCUGGACGCUGGAUCAUGGGCGGGCGAGAUUGACCCCCUGGCUUGGACGCUGGGAAGCUGGCGGGCAAGCUUGGCCGCUUGGUCUGGACGCCAGGGGCAUGCAAGGACGAGAAUGGUGUUUGGUUGAGGCUGGCGGACAGAACUGGCCGUCAGGUUUCCUCGAAGAAUCAUCCUCAGAGAAUGAAGACGCCCACUCACCGGCGAUUCCAGAAUCUCCGCCACCACAUCCUCCACUUUCUUUGAUUCCAAGAGCUAAGAUCGCAACGACGACAGUGGAAAACGCAGCUUCCUUGAUCGACAAGACGAUGCGUCGGGCGCUCGUGUACCAGAAUACGAUCUUGGAGACGCUAGAUUCCACAAUCGACGCCUCGAAAUCUCGAUUCAACCAAAUUCGAGAUACUUCAAUCGCUCACACCAGCCAAAAAAUCAUUGUUUCUGAGUAUAACAUUUACGAGCAUAUGGUGUUUGCGAAGAUCAAAGAGACGAGAAUAUUUGUAUACUACAAUACUUUACGCAUGCUAUCAAGCAAAGAGGCUUUGCUUUCUAGAGUGGAUCUUAGAGUAAAAAAGCUAAGACAAUCAUUGGAUCGUCUUACAGCUGAAAGUGAAAAGUUAGAGGUUAGUCUUUUUCUCUUGUUUCACCAUGAGGUUGCCCGUAAUGGUAUAUACUUCCUAUGUAUUCUGUUAGUUAGCUUGAAGUAG